AUGUCGGAAAGAGAGCAAAAUGGAGAUGAAUGCACAAAAUAUGAAGGAGCUAGCGUGGUACCUGUGUUACAUAAUGUGACGGAAGAAUGCAAUUUCAAAUCUGAAAAAAAGGAAAUUGUACUUGGAGCUGAAGGAACUGAACCAGAUUCAAAAAGUUGUUGUGAUUCUGACGAAUAUCUUGAAGGGCACAUUUAUGCAGCUAUGUGUACAAAGUGUGCAGGGGAACUGCAACAAAAAUUGAAUCCAACAGAACCAUAUCGUGAUCCAAAAAAAAUUAGCGGGAAGGAACAGAUUUCUCGUGGAUUAAUUAUUGAAAGCAAAUCAUUUGUGGAUGCAAAUAAGAACAUUAAAUUUGCAAAGAAAAACGAAAAGAACUAUUAUGCAGGUCUUUGCUCAAGUCCAGAAGUAACCACUCCAAAUAGUGAACAUGAAAGUUCUGGAGAUCCAAACGCUAAAGGCACAGAUAGUAAAAAAGUUUCUCACGGACUUUUUGACAGGACGUGUUUAAUUCAAGAGCACGCUCUCGUUAACAAGAAUAUUAAUGACUUCUAUGAACUAAACUUAGGGAAUUUGGGGAGAGGUUCUUAUGGAUCAGUCGUUAAGGCUAUCGAUAAACAAUCAGGUGCUCAGAGAGCAGUAAAAAUAAUACUUAAGCCAAAGCUUGAGAAUAUUAAUCGCUUAAAAAGAGAAAUUUUGAUAAUGAAAAGGUUGGAUCAUCCAAAUAUUAUCAAACUUUUUGAGGUAUUUGAAGAUACAAAUUAUCUUUAUUUUGUAAUGGAAAUAUGUACAGGAGGAGAAUUAUUUGAUAGAAUAAUUAAACGAGGACACUUUUCUGAAAGGUAUGCUGCUGUGAUCAUGAGGCAAGUCUUUAGUGCAAUUGCAUAUUGCCACUCAAAUGAGUUUAUGCAUAGAGAUUUGAAGCCAGAAAAUUUGUUAUUUUCUGAUUCUUCUCCAAACUCACUGCUGAAGGUAAUCGAUUGGGGUUUUGCUGCUAAGUGCCCAAAGACACAUAAGUUUACUUCAGUUGUGGGAACUCCCUAUUAUGUUGCUCCAGAAGUGUUGUAUGGUAGCUACAGCAAGUUGUGUGAUUUAUGGAGCGCAGGAGUCAUCUUAUAUAUUUUGCUAUGCGGAUAUCCACCAUUUCAUGGAAAAGAUAAUGUUGAAAUUUUAAGAAAGGUGAAAAUUGGUCAGUAUUCAUUAGAACACAACAUUUGGAAGUAUGUCUCAGAUUCUGCAAAGGAUUUGAUUAAGAGGCUAUUGAUGACUGAUCCAAGUAAAAGAAUUAGUGCACAAGACGCUUUAAAUCAUCCAUGGAUCAAGUCACUUAUUUCUUCUCCAAAUAACGCUGAUGCUAGCUAUUUUACGAAUGAUGUCUGUAGCUCAUUACUUGCAAGAUUUAGAGACUUUCAGAGACAGAGUAAAUUAAAGAAGUUGGCUCUUACAUGUGUCGCAUACCAUCUUAACGAUACAGAUAUAGGGGCUUUACAAAAAUUGUUUUCUACGCUAGAUAGAAAUGGAGAUGGAGUUUUAACAAUAAGUGAAAUUAGAAGUGCAUUACACAAAAUUCAAAAUGUAUCUCAAUUGGGAGACGAUAUCGAUAACUUAUUAAUGGAACUGGACACUGAUGGGAAUGGAAGAAUUGAUUAUACUGAGUUUAUUGCUGCAUCCAUUGAUCAUAAACUUUAUGAACAAGAAUCGCUAUGCAAGGCAGCAUUCAAAGUGUUUGAUCUUGAUAUGGAUGGUCGGAUAUCUCCUCAAGAGCUUAGCCGUGUUCUUAAUAUUACAUUUCUUCAAGAAGCCUUUGAGCAAUCUACGAUAGACUCCCUAUUAAAAGAAGUAGAUAUUAAUCAAGACGGAUAUAUUGACUUUAAUGAGUUUAUGAAGAUGAUGAUGGGAGAUAAGCACGAAAAAAAACCAGAACCUAAAGUUCAAAAAGUUGAAGAUGAGGAAAGCGGUAAUAAAAAGCUUUCAAAAAAUGGAAUAAUUUCAGAUAUAAUCAGUGCUACCAACAUUUUUAAGAAGUUAAAUAGUUAA